AUGGCGGCCGCUGAAGCCCCUGUGCCGCUGACGGCGCUCUCGCGCUGGUACCUGUACGCCAUCCACGGCUACUUCUGCGAGGUCAUGUUCACCGCUGCCUGGGAGUUCGUGGUCCACUACAACUGGAAGUUCCCUGGCGUGACCAGCGUGUGGGCGCUCUUCAUCUACGGCACGUGCAUCCUGAUCGUGGAGCGCAUGUACCUGUGGCUGCGUGGGCGCUGCCCGGUGCUGCUGCGCUGCCUCAUCUACACGCUGUGGACCUACCUGUGGGAGUUCGGCACGGGCUUCCUGCUCCGCCAGUUUGACGCCUGCCCGUGGGACUACUCCGAGUUCAGCUACAACUUCAUGGGCCUGAUUACGGCCGAGUACGCCGUGCCCUGGUUCUGCGCCUCCUUCAUCGUGGAGCGCCUGGUCAUCCGCAAAACACUGCGGCUGCGCUUCCAUGAGGGGCCCGAGGGAGGCGACGAGGGCCACCCGGAGGGCGCCAGCGGCGGAGGAGGGGUUGUAGUGGGGGGAGCGGGGGCUUCGGGGGGAGGGAGGAGGAGAGAGAGGGGUAGGGGGAUGGGGACCAAUGCCAACGGCUACCUGAAGGUGAAGUGA